GAUGCGCGUGGUGGGAGCGGCGCUGACUGACUGGAUCAUGAAAUUCUUCUCUGUCCUAAAUAUGCAAGCGAAAGACAGUUAUUAAGGAAUGAAUUGGAAUACAAAGGGAUUAAACACUUGAACCUUGACAAAUGGAUCUGGCAAUUCGGUUCUAAAACAUCUCUUCUCUUAUCUACAAAACACAGGACUGAUAGCAAGGAUAUAAGAACAAUGUAACACUACAGUUGGUGGCGAUAAUGCUCCGCCCGGUUGCUAAUUCGCCAUUAAAAGAAGAAGAAGAAACAACAACCUUGGAGUAGAAGAAGAAAAAAGGCGACAUAUGAUGACGUCGUUAUACAGCGCCGCAGAAGCUAGCAUUGCAUCUAGCAACGUUAGCUCACGGUUUGAAAGGAGGUUACUGUAAUUUCACACCUCAUGUUGGUGGAUGUUUUAUCUUGUUAGAUGGUCCAACAACCGCCCCGGUGCCGAGUAGAUGUUUGGUUAAGUCUCAACCGGCAGUCGUUAUGGCAGGGGAGGAGGAUUUAUCACCAAACCUUGUGACAGAGGAAAUGAAACACAGCAAUGGCGACUUCAGACCUCCAGAAGGUUUAUGCUGGGUGUCAGUGCUGUCCUGUCUGCUGCUGGCUUGUUCUUAUGUUGGGAGUUUAUACGUGUGGAGGAGUGACCUGCCGAGGGAUCACCCCACUGUGAUAAAGAGACGCUUCACCAGUGUACUGAUCGUGUCGGGCCUGUCACCUCUCUUUGUGUGGGCAUGGAGAGAAUUCACAGGUAUCAUGACUGACCCAUCAUUACUGGCUCUCAUGGGGAUCCGGUUUGAAGGCCUCAUUCCUGCCAUCAUACUUCCUCUACUGCUCACCAUGGUCCUGUUUCUGGGCCCCCUCAUGCAGUUGGCUGUGGACUGUCCCUGGAGCUUCAUGGAUGGUAUCCGAGUGGCCUUUGACCCGUGGUUCUGGUUGUUGUGUUUCAGUGACAUGCGCUGGUUGAGGAAUCAGGUGGUGGCACCAUUAACAGAGGAGCUGGUGUUCAGGGCAUGCAUGCUGCCCAUGUUGGUGCCCUGUGCUGGUCCUUCCACUGCCAUCUUCACCUGCCCCCUCUUCUUUGGAGUGGCUCACUUCCAUCAUGUGAUCGAGCUGCUGAGGUUCAGACAGGGGACGCUUUCAGGGAUCUUUCUCUCUGCAGUGUUCCAGUUCUCCUACACAGCAGUGUUUGGGGCCUAUACUGCCUUCAUCUUCAUUAGAACAGGUCACCUUAUGGGUCCAGUGCUCUGCCACUCCUUCUGUAAUUACAUGGGUUUCCCUGCCAUCAGCACAGCGUUGGAGCACCCCCACCGCCUCACCAUCCUCUCCUCCUACCUGCUAGGGGUCCUCCUCUUCCUCCUCUUCCUCUUCCCCUUCACUGACCCCUCGUACUACGGCCUCCCCACACCAGUCUGCACCCUCACCUCCUCCCCCAGCUCCCUCUGCCUCUCCUGAUCCCUGCUCCCACACACUUCUCUGCUAUUGUCAUGUCACCAUCCACUGAUAAUGCAGUUGAGGUUUUUUUUUUUUUUUUCCAAGUUAGAGUUCAGGUCAGGUCCAGUUUGGACCGACAGCGCUAACAGCCAUGUGGGCUAAGUUGCCAUGGAGAGGUGGGGAAAUCUGUAGCCAUUUUCUAUGGUCUAUGGACCCUUGAUAUGUCAAUGCAUUUGUGUGACAUAUUUCAUUUAAUCAGCUGAUGCUCUUAUACAGAGUGACUCAGUUUAAGCAGGUGGAGGUUUAUGUUGCUGGGAGUGAGCCCAAGAACAUCCAGUUCCAGGACAGCUUCGGUAAUCUUUGGCCUAUGCUGCCACCCUGAUACGUGGUUUUAGUGUAGUUAUAACACUGAAGGACAAUUCCUGCUCAGAUCCUCUUACGCUGUUAGAUCUCAUCAAUUUGUGAUGAAGCAUCAUAAUGUACCUUUUUGGUGUACUCAUUUUCCACUCAGCCUGCCUCAUCUUUUUAAAAGAUGGUUCUGGUUUAUUGCAAUAUAUAGAACUUCCUGGUUCAACUUUGACCUACUUUACUUGUAGUAGUUAUGCGCAUACAUUGGGGCUGCAAGUAACGAUUGUUUUAAUUAUCCGUUAAGCUGCUGAUUAUUUUUGCAAUUAAUUGAUUGUUUGGCCCAUAAAAUAUCAUGAAAAAUGCCUGUCACAAUUUCACAGAGGCCAAGGUGACAAGGCCAAGAUAUUCAUUUUGCAAAAAUCUAGAACGGAGAAUAGCAGCAAAUCAUCACUUCAGAGAAACUGGAACAACAGUGUAUAGUAAUAUUUGGGAUUUUUUCUUAAGAAAUUACUUAAAACUAUUCAAUUAUUAUCAAAAUAGUUGUCAGCUAUCUUUCUGUUGAUCGACUAAUUGAUUAAUCAAUUAAUCGUUUCAGCUCUAGUGUACAUGGUUUUCCUGUGCAAUGACUGAUAACUGCUGGACACAAACCAAUACAUUGACAUGGCCGGUAUAAAUCUUUUUCUAUGUAAGCCACUUGAAGACACCACCGAGCCACAGGCUACGGAUUCAUCCUAUUUUUCAGCAUCAGCGCUGCCGAAAAGAAGCAAUUUUAUCAUAUUGGCUCCCUGGAUCAGCACUUUCUGGCUACCAUACCUUACUGCUGUAUGGCACGUCCAAAAGUUUAUGUUAAAACAACAUUGGCCAAUUUAUCAGAUGUUUUUAUAUGGUAAAAGGUUGAUAUUGUUAUUGGCCAAAUAAAUCCAGUAUAGGGCAGGCUUAAAUUGUUACGGACAUUUCAGGUGCGCGCACUUUCAGUUUGACCUUUAAUAAAGUGGUUAAGAUAAUCUAGAUAAACUGUUGGUUUGUUCACAACCUGUCUGAUCAUCUGACUGCUCAUGUUUCACACCACCUCUUAACCAAUAGCCAAAACUAUGAAAAUAAGACCCGAGUUGUAGAGUUCUUCUAUGGGACAAGUCUCGACAAAGUAUAGGGUUUCGGGUUGGGGCCAUUUUGUUGUACAAGCUUCGGACUUGGGUUCAGGUUUGGUUAUUUUCAAAUGUAAUUUGUCACUUAACCCUGGUGAGCAAAUGGUCAGUAACAAAUGAAAAAAACAAAAUAAAAAUAUAUAUAUAUAUAUAUAUAUAUAUAUAUAUAUAGAUCUUCAAGUCUCGGGUCAGGUUCGAAUUUUAAAUUUGACAGUACAAGUUGGGUUCAGUUGAAUCUGGGUAUAGGCCUGGAUUGGUUCCCAAUUUUAGGCCCAUACAGAACUCUACCAAGUUGUAAUAAACCAGAAUUAUCCUUUAAUGCCUUUGAGCCUCUCUUGAGUGAGACAUGGAAAUUGUUGCUUUCAGCAAAGGGGGUUAAAACCGUUUUACCAGUGAAGACAGUGAGUUACAACCCUUACUAAAAACUUAACAUGUCUUAAGGCUGCACUGCAUUCUGGUCUAUAGAGGCUCAUAGAGAUGUUAGCAUCUUUGCAAAUAACCCUGCUGUAGCUGCACUGAAGUACCGAAAUGUUGGUGUAAUGUUGAAAUAGGAAAAAUACACACGCAAAAUGGUCACAGGAAUGCAAUCUACAUCAUCUAUAGUUUUUAAUGUUAUGGGCUUGUUUUUAAAAGUGACAUUUAAGCUGGAUUUAUUUCUUUAUUUAAAUUUAGACACCAGGACUCUGCUGUUGUAGAGAAACAUUCUGCUGGAAUCGGUCAGUGUUUUGUAUGAUAUAUUAAUGGUUAUUUAUAUACCUCUGCAUGUUUUAGUGCUGGUAGUUGUUUUGUUGGUGAAGGUGGGUGACGGGAUAGCUUGUUCAUAAUGCCCAAUACAUAAUCUCUUUAAGUGCACGGACACAAAUGACAAACUGGUUGUACAUACAACCAGCGUAAGGUGUACUCUUAUGUCCUUCAGGAGGCAAAACACAUGAUUCCUCAAGUGGGUCAUACAGAGAGUGGUGAAACUGGGCUGCCAUGGCAGUUGUGAAAAACCAAAAACCGUCAAAGCACACAGUUUUAUCCUGUUGCUUGUAGCACUUCAAGCUAAAGCUCACUCUUUAAUUAUGUUAAGGGGCUAGUCACACCAGCAUUUCUAAUGUUUAGCUUGUGGAGGCAAAGUCAAUAUAUUAGAGUUCAACUUUGUGAAUUUGCGCCAUUGAUAAGUUGCAAACCUGCUUGUUGGUACUGACCUCUGAUCACUGCUGGAUUACCAACUGAGCAAGGCAGGCAACUGCCCAAGGACCCAAAAGGCCCCAGGUUCACUUUAUCGGUUGGUUUUACGUAAUUUGAUUAAUUGCAAAUUUGGUUAGAUUAAUUUGCACCUCUUAGGAUGCUUUCACACCUGUUCGGUUUUGUUAAAACAAACCCUUCUGUGUUUGCCUGUGUAGUGCAGUUUAUUUGGGCUGAAAGUGAAAGCUGUCAGUCAAACUCUGGUAAACAACCUGAUCAAUCACACAGUCGAAAGCAGUUAAAACGGUGGUGUGUUGUGCUUGCAUUAUCCAUGUACUUUGGCAGUUUAUUAAGUUCAUUUAAAAAGUGCGUGACAAGUGAUUUCUUGGUCCGGACCAAAUGAGCCGAACUAUAGGUGUGAAAGUGCCUCACUGUUCAAUAUCAACUAAGUUCUGCGUUCUACGCGGACUCUGUCUCAAAAUCUAGUUUUAAAACUUUAUUUUAGUUUAUAUUAUACUCACAUAGUUAUUACUACUAAAGAAAGUUGUCUUUAAUCAAAUCAAAUUAAAAUAACAAAAGAAUUAAAAUGAAAACAAGGGAACGCAAAGUAGUUACUUCUAUGACUGAGAACAUGCAAAUGAAUUUCCCUGUGCCUCUUUCUGGUGUGACUGGGCACUGAAGGCAAGUUCAUGGUUGCCGCGAGGGUCCGCAUGUAAAUUUCAUCAUCUGCUCAUGUCCCUUGUGCAGAUGUUCGUGCGUAACACAAAAUUUCUAACCGCGUGGACUGUAUGCACUACAAGUACACUGACUGCACAUCUUGUUUUCUAGUGUGCCUGUGUGGAAUGCAUCUGCGUAUGCAGACCCCCGAUUUUAGUAUGUAUAAAAGGGCGUGUGCAUCUGGUGGCCAUGAGUCUACAGCUGUCCAAAUUUUAUGGGACAUAUUUUUUAACGCUGCAACUCCUGAAUUUGAGUUUGUGUAGCCUGAAGCGUCUGCAUUCGUGUUCUUACACAGAGUAUGUUUUGGUCUUAAAACUGGAGAUUGUUAUAUGUUGUCAACCUAAAGUGAAGAUCUUUACUUUGUGGACCUAAAAUGGCCUCUAAGCCCUGUUUUCAUAUGCCAGUUUCUAAGAGUUUUUCCAUUCCAGUAUAUCCAUUCUGAGCAGCUAACAGUCUCUAAACCAGUCAUUAUCAAAAUUUGGUUUUACAAUUUCUUAAGAUGUCUCUUACACAGUAUAUCUGUAGAUUUAAAAGCUAUGAUUAUGCCUACUGCUCCUACACUCUUGUUUCAGUUAUAUUGCCUUUACUUGAAGGGAGUGUAUGAUUCCAACACUCAGGUGUCGUUUAAUAGAGGCAAGAAUGCGCCAACCACAACAUUGCAUGCUGUUACUUGUAUAUUUACAAUACAGAGCCAGGAAAAGUCAUUGUGUUCACACCUAUACAUAGAUUUACUACACAAAAUGACAAGAUAGCACAUGACCUACUUAAGGGGAAACGCUUAAGUUUUUUUUUUUUUUUUUUUUAAUAGUUUUGGCCAUCAUUUCCGUAAGUUCGGAUAAUAUUUUACUCACUAACACAGGUAGUUACAGAGUUAAGUCCGACAGGGCAGCAGCACAAGCAAUCAGACAAGUUUUAAGUAAAUCCACAGUUUAACCCAAUUAUUUAAACCACUUAUUUGUACAUGAAACCAAACUUGAACAAGUUUUUCGCUGUAUUGGAAACACAGUUUGCAUAAUUUCCCAAUCCUAGACACAUUUUUGUGAUCUGAGUCAAAAACCCUUGGCACAGAAUUUGCGCUCAUGCCAUGUGUUGGGAUUUACAAUGGUUAAAGGGGGGCACCCACUUGUGUAGGGUCGAGCAAUUAAUUAUGGCUAUCAAAAUUAAUUCAAUUUUAUUUUUAAUUAAAAAUUCGCGAAUUCAUAACAGAAGUUAUCUCAUUGCACUUUUCUUAUAGAGCAGGUCUAGACCGUACCAUUUUAAUAUUAUUUAGAGAGACUCAAAAGAAUUAUCAAAAGAUAAAUCAUAAAUAACAUUAAUUAAUAAAGUCCUUAGGGGCACCACUCGUCUUAAAGAAGAGAAAUGAUGCCAGUUAAUUGAUUGAGUCUCAUAAAAUACACUAAACAAUCAAUUUGGAACUCAGAUUAAUAAUUAAAUUAAUAACUAUAACCAGAAUUACCACCAAUAGCUAGUAGGAUAAAGGAUUUGGAGUUAGUUAGCAUGCAAAGACUCUGUCUGUGUGGAGCAUAAGAUAAACUAACAUCAACUUAGCAUCUGGCUACCAAAAUAACCUAACAGAUAAACACUUCACAACAACAAAACCCCAGAAAAACGCAUCACUACAUGUACAUCAUGAACUAAACAGUCCUGUGCUUAGCCAAGUACACUGUUACUCUUUGCUGUUCCCAGUUGUUACGUCCGUGGGAGGGAAAGAGAGGUGGCUUUGGUGCUGCUGUUAGCUGGCGGUCAGUCUGCUGUAGACGAGCCAAGCUGGGAAGAAUUGUGGUUCCGCUGUGAAAGUGUCUUUUGCUGCGUAGUGUCCCCUUGUAGAGGUUGGAGGAAGCCGGUUGCUCCGCCUGUGGUUGUCCUUACAGAGUUAACAGCUCGGCGUUAACUUGCUUCGUACUCCUGUUAGCAUGUGAAGUUAGCGGGGAGGCUUUCUGUGUAGCAGCUGUUUGCGUUUACCUUAAUGGCAGAAAUCUUAUGCAGGUCGCUGUGGUAAGAGAGAGUUCAGUUCUGCUGCGCGUUUCUGCUCCGAGCAGAUUACACGGCGAUGCCAGGAGGAGAGAGUUCUCCGCAGGCCUCACUGAGAGGGAGCCAGCCACAGCUGUCCACAGCAGUGAAGGAUUCCAGGAGCAAAGAGACAGAACGAAUGAUUGCUGACCUUUUUAUUGACCUGUUGACAUCUGGGUCACAGGUCAGACUGGCCAAUGCUGCAUUCAAUGACUCUGAUUGUGGGACAAAAGAGAAUGCAGCCCUAAACUGGAACAAUCAGUACACGUUAACAGGGAUAAUUUUUUUAGUUUGUUCACCUUCAUAUUAUCAACAUAAAAAAGACAAUGUCUUGUAGUGUAAGCAGUAGAGCAAUUCUGAAAUGUUAGUCUUGCACUAGCUUUGAAUCAAGGUUGAACAACAAAGUACUUCUGUAAGGUACAGUACGACGGGCCAUUAUAAAGGACAGUUUGGUUAAUCACUUUGAGAUUAAUUUUCAGCUUGACUUCAGAUAAGGGGUUUAGAUAAUAUAGUUAAACUGUGGACUUUAAACCUGACAACUCUAGUGGUUGCCUUGUGCAACUCUGCUUCACCAGACCCUAGCAAUGUAGUUUGUCAUUAAAUGUCAUCAUAACCAGCUAGAAAUAAUGACCAAAAUGAGACUCAAAUUGUAAAAAAGAAAAAGAUUUUUCCUUACUUUACUUUUGUUGAUGACCAACAUUUAAUUUUAGGCCGUUAUAAUUGUUUGCACUAGACAAUCUUGUAAUAUUCUCGUUCUCUAAAGGGGACAUUAGGGUGCAUCAGUGGCCUUUUUCUUUGAAAAAUGUUAUUUAAUUUUGCUGAUAGUGAUUGGCACAACCAGUCAGGGUCCUUGCUGUUAAACAACUGAACACUAGAACUAAACCAUCGUUUCUUCAUCGGAGCAGACUGACUAGAUAACCUCUCACUCCAUUUGUUGAACUUAUUUAUAGCUUACAGUUGAUGAUAUUUAAGGUGCUUUUGAGAGUGACAGAACUCAAAAUGGCAAAAACACUAUAAGCUAUACUCAUACUGUGAAGAAGUAGGCUGCUUGAGUCUUUGGCAAUAAAUCCUAUAUGUGGGAAGGGUUUUGGAUCCAAAUUAUGUGACUGAGCAAGUAAAGCAGUAGAUUCUAUAUCUAUAGUAAUUAUUUUGGCCAGUUAAAUUAUUCUUGGCAGUUUACAAAGCCUGGGCAGGUAGUGAACUUGAACAAAUGGAACUAUUGUGAUCAGUUGUACGUUACCUACCUGAAGCUGCCAGAAGAGGACGUCAGAGCACUUUGUCAGAGGCAGAGCUGCUGUGGACUCAUUGAGGGGAACUGAGGACCUCUCCAUUCUGUUUAUCAGCCUGUCUGACAUUAGUCAUCUGUCACUGGAAAAUCAAUUCACUAUAAUUUAUUUUUCCUUUAGCUUCUACACAAUUAUGUCCCAAUAGAGGAGAUUGAUACAGAGAGAAGGGACCCUGUGGUGAAACUCACUGAUGUUAGAUCCCUUUUUAAAAAGGUUUAGUUUCUUCUGCCUCCCACAUGGUUCUCUCAGAGCUUCUCCAUUUGCUGCCUGUAAAUCAGAGUGUUCCUUUGCUCUACUAUAGAUUUAGAAGCAUUUGUUUUCUUAUACCACAACCAGGCUUUACAGAUAUCCUAAGCUAUCAUCACUGGAGAGUUUUUGUGACUUGAUGGUUGAAAUUAGCGUUUCUUGUUUGUCACCCUGUUUUAAUAUUAAUUCCCAGGACCCCAGUGAUUGUCAAUAAGUCACGUAAAUCUGGGUAUAGAAUUAAUAAACCUAUGGUAUAGUUUAUAUUUAGUUUUCAAAAUAUAGGGUCAGGGUUAAAAUACAAUUUUGCUAUAUCGAAAUGAUGAUAUUCCUGAUUUUCAAACCUAUUUAAAGUCACUGUGUAGAUUUUACAAUACAUGUAAUUAUAGCAUCUUUCAUAUAGUUCUGAUGACAUAUAUUUUUGUUUGUAGAAAAAUUAGCCAAAUCCAGUGAAGAUUGGUUGCAGACUUUGGCCUCUAGUUUCACAGUGGUAAACUGCCGGUAGCUGACAAUAAUGCUGUGGUGGUGUGUGUUCUCUUGUUUGCGCUGGAACACACUUUUGGUCUGGGUGUGUCAAUCCUCAUGUGGAUGUGUUAUGAAUAUUCGGCCUAAUCUCUGGUUAUCUGGAGAGCCUUGGAUAGGAUGCACAGACACACAGACCCUAUGACAUUAUACGGAUACUUUGACGGAUAUAUGUGAAAAACGAAAUAAACCCACUGUUGAGAAGCUACAACAAAAUGUUAGUUCUUCUAUGAUAAAUUCAAACUGAAACAGAUGUGCAAAAAGUCACAAAGUUUAAAUACAAUGCUAAUGACCGAUAUAAAAUAUAAUAGUGACGUUGGAAAUUAGAAUAUGUUAAGUUCACUGUUAAAACAUAUCUGGUAGGUUUAGUGACUUAAGUCCCUGUAGAGAUAUAAACUGAACACUGCUCUAAUGUUUCAUACAGUCCUGCUAAACAAUACAACAUAUCCUGCUAACUUCAUGAAGUAUAUUAGGCAUGAUCAAUUACAGAUCUAAUCUUUAGGUCAUCUUGUUAUUUUAAUGCACACGGAAUUGGUUAAAUAAGCCACUUAAUGAAAUGAGACACUAAGAUGUUGUGGACACAUUUCCUUCUCAAAUCAGCCAGGCUGAUGUAUCGGCCGAUAUUAGCUUAUUGUAGACAUAUCGGUAUCGGUGCAUAUGCUGGCUGGUAAGUAACAAGAAAUUGCAGUACAGAAAUACCAAACAAGGUUUGAGGUCAUUUAGAAACUGUGUUUGUCCACCAGAGAGCACUGACAAGUUGAUUUUUACAUUGUAAAAUGUCCCACCCAUAUCAAGAUCGUUAGCUUAUGUUGUGUUCGUGUUAAAAUACAUUACUAUCGGCCCAUUUUUUAAACUCCCAAAUAGCGAUAUGAAUAUCAUUAUUUUAACGUAGCUCCACCUUACUACCACUAGGGGGCACCAAAUUUGGACAUUUUCAAAUGCUACACGUAGUAGCUUUAAUUUAGAAAAAAUCAAAUAAUCAAGAAAGAUUUUGAUUUCACUGAUAUUUUUCUGGAAUUUUUUUAUGUCCUAAGAUGUACACUGUUUCACAUACAUAGCAAAACACAACAUUUAACCCAAACAACAUAACAAAUACUACAGACAAAUAUUACAUCACACAUUAAAAAUACGUGGCUGCUGUGCAAUCAGUUUAAUCGCUCCCUUUUACAUUCGGUGCUCAGUCUACACAGGAACACUGAGGCCCAUUAGAACCCAAACUCUGAUGUAACAGUUUGACAGACUGAGGAAAAACACAGUUCCGCAGUCUGUUUAGUCUCGCCUUUGGGACUCUAAUUCUUCAAAACAAAAACGCCAUACACAACACAAGACAUCAAAGAAAGAAGGAAACUGGACGCGGUGGACCGGAAGCAUUACAUGUAUGAAAGAUCAGUUUUAGAAAUCUCCCACAACCUCAUCUGCCUAUUAAGUGACCCCCAUGCCAAACCAAAGUCUGACAAACUAAUAUAUAUGUGUUGUUAUUUCUCUUUGGAUCACUAUUUUCUAAAGGGAAACCAUCACUUUCAGCAGAAUUAAAAGAAACAUUUCUUCCCUAAUCCUGAUAAUAUAUACUGACAAUUUGAAAAUGUAUCAACCUUAUAGAUCGGAUCACAUUUUGCUAGCUAUUGUGUGUCGAGCUUCAAAUUAUCUGCUGGUGCUUUCAAUUUCCCAUUCUUUUCCUGUUACAAAAGGCACACACCAGGGUUACACUCUGUCCCCUUUACGUUCUCAAGCUGAACUGAAGCUCUCAACUAAUCCAAAUAGCUUAAUUUUGCUCUGUAAAAAGAGGCCUUUGUCAAGGUUGCCCUAUUAUUUUCAUUAUAGCAAACUUAACAGGAAUGUGUGAUCAUGCAUUAGUCCACCACACACAGCCCAGAAACUCUCCAGAUAUUAAUUGCAAACAGGCUGUCACUCAGAAUACCUUUUCCUUUGUCAUCGGUGUGAAACCCUAGUUUUGUCUUUACUGCUGUAAAAAGAAAAACACUUGAUGUUUUUUCCCAACCAGUGUCCUCAGCCAACAAUGACACAUCAGUAUUUUCUGUUGAAGAUUCAGAACCUGCACACCUCUAAUAAUAUGCAGAGAGCAGCAUUGACAGAGACUGCGGAGUCUAUUUUUGCUAAGCUUUAGCAGCUCCGUUAUUUUAAUAUACAACACCCAGAGGAAGAAUAAUUUCAAAUGCGCAUUUUCAGAACUUGUGAAAUAUGAAUAGUAAGUCAGCUGGCGAAACAGAACUCCACAGAUGUUUAUAUUGAGCACUAUAUUUUGUAAUCCUCUAUUUUGGUGAAAGGAACAGAUAUGUGCAUGUAUUUUAUGCUCACUGUGUCAAACUUGUACAAUUCAAGUUAAAGACUACAGAACUGUGUUUUAGUACGACAAUCUUUUACAGAAACUUUGGAAUCACUCAAUUAUCUAUUUGAAAAUAAAUAAUGUCCUUUUAUA